UCCGAGGAAACACUAUAAAAAAAACCUCCCGCGUUUCAACCGUCGCAGAUUACAGAUGCCUCCACCAUAUAAAUCACAAACGCUCUCCUGCUUUCAGAAACUCCGCUUCCCCUACUAACCGAACAGUUUUCCUCACAUGGAAUUAAAACCUUCUACAAGACGCCUCCUUUCCGCAGAGCGAGAGAACUCCAUCCUCGUGAACUCUCUCAUCCACGUCCUCUCCGGAAAGCACGACUACGCCGCACCGGCAAUUUCCUUCCCCCUUGCCGAUAAUUGCAAGCUAUGCCGCGUUGAGGGCUGCCUCGGCUGCGAUUUCUUGCAAGAGUCGGCACACGGGAGUGGGGAAUCGAGGAAAAGGUUGUGCGCGAAGAAGAAGAACAAGUACCGGGGAGUUCGACGGCGGCCGUGGGGGAAAUGGGCGGCGGAGAUUCGUGACCCGCGGCGGGGGAUUAGGAAGUGGUUGGGGACAUUCGAUACGGCCGAGCAGGCUGCCAGUGCCUAUGAUAAGGCUGCGAUAGAGUUUCGCUGCGCUCGGGAUAAGCUUAAUUUUCCAAUUGUGGAUCAAGUUACAGUCGAUUCCAGUGGUCGAUCGACAAAAUCAGAUUGCAGCGGCAGCGGUAGCGACGACGAUUCAGCUCAGGAACGAGGAGAUGGGGCUGCGAUGAAGUUUAAUCAAAGAGGAUAA